UUUUUUACAUGUGUGUGUCUUGCCUGCAAUAAACUUGAAAAAAUAUGUAUCAAAAAACUAACACCGCUCGGUCGAUAUGAAAGUGAGAGAAUAGCAAGAAAGACACGUAUUGCAAUUUUAGCAUUUUUAAAGAACUUCAUAUUAUCUGCAUAGCAAUAUUACUUCAUCGUGUGUUGAUCGAUCGGGAACACCAUCACCGUGAACUGUGUUGUCUUUGACUCCGGUGUAUUCAAAGUGUUGAUGUAGCAUUUAUUGUUCUUGUUUUUUGUUUCUUAAUGUCCAUGCGAUUUUAUUAUUCGAAUGCAAUGAAGUUGUCAACGAGUUUAAUUUUAUUGGCAUUGAUUCAAAUUUCACUGUGUCCAGUGUUCUUGGUGUGGACGAACCAAAUAGUGGAAAAUAUUAAACGCAACAAUCAAAAUGUAACGGGUAAUAACAUAGUUAAUUUUCAAUAACAUUUGAUUAUGGUAAAACUUAAAAGAACAUAUAAUUAUGCUUGUUUGGAGCCGAAAACACCUGGUCUCUGUCGUGGCAAAAUGUUGCGUUACGCAUUCGACAAUAAAUCUGGCAAAUGCAUAAGUUUCUACUAUUCCGGUUGUGGUGCUACGCAAAACAAUUUUCUCACCUACGAGGAGUGCCGGCGUGACUGUAUGCAGCAAUUACGAUAUUGAAUGUUAAUGAAAUAUAAGAGAAGAACUAGAAUACUACAACAUAUAUUUAUAUCCAUAAAAUACAUACUCAAAAGCGAAAUAAAUUUGGCAUUCAUUUA